CAAUGCAAGUGGCUUUAGCAAACAUUCUCAAUCUGUAUAUGAGUAAAAAGCGUUGCUACAACUGAGAUGGUGCUUGGCACCCGUUGUAACGAAGGUGGACAAAACGUCAAGGGCAAGAUUUUCUAAGGCGAGUAUAAAAAGGGAGCGUGCGCCUUGUCACGGGCGCUCUCGCCCCAGAUUAAGUCCCACGGUUGCCCAAGAGUGUUUUGAGCCUUUCAGGAUUAGGGACGGAGUAGACAUGGCCGACUCUCUAAGGAGGCUGGUGAACACAUCUUCCUUCAGCGUUCUGCAGGACAAACUUGAGUCCUGGUACAAGGACUACCAUGUAAUCUCCUGUGAUCAGAAUCUGAACAGGUGCUGUGAGUUGGUGGAGCUCACCUCCAAGAUACAGGGACAACUCUUCACCAUCCUCAACCUCACUGCUAGAGAGGGUGGUCACUAUGCAGGAGUGGAUGUGCUCAAAUCACGCCUGCUGCCUUGGUUGGGGACCUGUUUCUCCAUGGCAACCUCCUCUGUCACCAACGACACCAGCCUCAACCUCAUCCAGGAAUCUGUGGAGAAGGAGAGGAAGAUCAGGGAGCUGUCUGCCUCCCAUGAGAACGACAUGCAGAAGAUGGAGACUCAGCUGUGCUCCACUCGCCUGCAGCUGGACUCUGUCAAACAGGAACUGGCGGAUGCUCAUCUGCAACUGGACGACACAAAAAAUAUGUCAACCACAACUCUGCUGGCCACAGAGGAUGAGAUACUACAGCUGAAAGCAGAGUUGCAUGCUGCCAGUGACCAGGUGGAGACCUAUAAGAGGAAGCUGGAUGUGCUGGAUGAUUAUGAGAGGCAGGUGCGUCUGCUGAGGGAUGAGGUGUCUUUCCUCACAGCAGAGAAGAGCAUGCUGCAGGAGAGGUUGGUGAGGAGUUGUUCCCCCAGCCCCCUGCCCAGACAGAGCCGCCCCUCCAGCCCUCUGAAGAGUGAGUCUCCCACCCGGGCCCAGCUCACCAAUUCGUCCCGCCACGCCAGGCUGGUGUCCCGCUUCAGUGACCUGUACGCUGUGGAGCGCCUUGAGGCCCAGAGUCUGCUCCGACGCUACAUAGAUGACCUGGAGAUGGUCCAGAGAAUCAUCUUCAUUGCCACUGUGGAGGCCUUCCAGGCAGCCAAGCUGGCCUACCGUCAAUUCAAGCUGCGUGUGAGGAAGACCCUGUCCUCUUCCCACCUGGGGCCAGAGACCCUGGAGGACUCGGUGGUGGACUACAUUGUCAGGAACCUGGACCUCUACGACGUGCAGGCCAGCGUUAAUGACGUGAUCAACGCCAUGAAUGUAAACCCACGGGUCUCCUUCCCUCCGGAGGUGGACUUUGUCCUGAUCAGCAGCUUCAUCCGGGAGACAUGCAGAGUGGCCUUCGCCAUGCAGACACUGGACCCUCCUCUGGACCUGGCUUUCACCAGCAGUGGAGAACUCUACAGCGACAACAAGUAUCGUCGUAGCUAUGACUCUGAGUUUACUGCUCCUCUGGUGGUGUACCAUGUGUGGCCAGCGCUGGUGGACGGGGACGGUGUCAUAGUGAAGGGAGAGGCAGUCACCAGGAGAGGAGCUCUGUGGAGGAGCAGAAGCAGGAGCUGCAGUCCUGUUCGCUCUGGCAGCCCCACACGCACUCUCGGGUUUAGUCGCAGCAGAAGCCCCUCUCCCGGACGUCUCUCCGCCAGUCGCCUGUAAACCCUAACUGACCACUGAUUUUUAAAGGAAAACAACAUUCUACACAUCUAUUUCAUGUUUGCAUCAAAGUCAGAUUUUGAGUUUAAAUGGACUGGAGCUUGUCAUUAUUUGUCAGUUGUGAUGACUUGAUGAUAAGUAUUUAGACUCUGUCAUCAUGGACAUUGACAGUAUACUGGAGAGAAGUUCCAUGUUACCAUUACAGUAUCCAGAGACUCUGGCAGCCGAUCCUUUCAGAACAAUCCAUUCAGGGUGCUGUAGCGGCCCGUGACAAGGCUAUGUGUGUGUGUGUGUGUGUGUGUGUGUUUAAUCUAUGCUCAUUAUCUUAGUGAUUCUUAACUGCACACUAUGCAACACCAGGAUGAUUGUGUGGUUGACCGUAGCGUAACUUUUUAAGGACAUUUAGACCUGCACAGUAGCACUUUCUGAGACUGCUGUAGUUUAGGUUUUAUCUUUUACCUCAAACCUUGAUAGACUCUUGGUUAUAAGGAAUAUAAUGAAUACAUUUUAAUGUAAGUCUUAGCCUGCUUAUAAACUAUGUGAAAAUGUUGGUAGAUUUUCUUUUGUAAGACACAUGGUGCUAAAGUUCAGUCAGAACUGUUCAACUCCACAAAAACUAGAGAGAUUGGUAUUGCUCAGAAUAAUGAUUAAGCAUGCAGUUUGUAAAGUAAUUUGAUUCUGUGUAUGUUUCUUUUUUUGGAGUUGUGAUAUUAGCUAGAUGUGUGGUUUGGAUGGAUUUGGAGCAGUGGAAGGGAUAUCAAGUAAUACAAAAAAUCUUCUGCAACUUGAAAUGGUUGACUUGAGAAAAUAUGCCUUUUUUGUUAGUGUCCUAAUGGAGUUGCUUACUAUCUACGCACAAGAUCCAAAGGCAACAUAUACUAUAUUUAGGUUAAUUGUAAGGCUGUAAUUAAUUAAAUGUGGAGCCUGACAAUGUUCACUAUUUUAAAUGUUGUGUCUUUGGCAGCUGAAAUCAUUAUACAGUCUAAUAUUUCAUUUAGCAUUAAACAGUGUGUUAGUGUUGUGUAUGCAACAUUUUGUGAUAAACAACAGAAACUUGGGCUUAAAUAUAUAUCAUGUAAUUUUGCUGUUCUUGUUACAGAAUACAGAAUACAGAAUACAGAAUACAACAAAAUGUACCAAGAGA